AUGAUCACCGAUAGAAUUAGAAACAACCACGCAGAGAUAAGAAACAAGCCUGGAUAUGAAGUGGUCAAACAAUUGAAUUACUUAGGUUCUAAAGAACAGGAGUGUAUUUCUAGCACAUCAAGUGAUCUUGACGAUAAUCUAAUGGAAACCAGUGAAACAUCAGAUGAUGGUGACCAGUUUAUUGAUGAAGACAUUUUUAAAACAGAAGAUACUGAAACGCAAUUAUUGCCUUGUUCAAGUACCGAAUUAGGAAAUUGGGCAAUCCGACAUAAUAUUACACAUGCAGCUCUAAAAGAUCUCCUACAAAUAAUCAAGAGACAGUAUGAUUCUAGUUUAUUUAUCGAUGCUAGAACAUUAUUAAAAACGCCAAAAAAUACGAAAAAAAGUUGUAAAGUUAUACAGGGUGGAGAAUAUUGGCAUCAAAGUCUUGACGUUUGUCUAACGAACACUUUUAAAAACUUGUCAAAAGACAUGUUAAUACAGCUCAAUGUAAAUAUAGAUGGGUUGCCAAUAUAUAAAAGUUCCAAACGUCAGUUUUGGCCAAUUUUAUGUAGCAUAUAUGAAAUGCCUGAUAUACAACCUAUGAUUGUUGGCAUUUUCCAUGGAAAUAACAAGCCUCUAGAUAUAAAUGAAUUUUUGGAGCCUUUUGUUGAGGAUGUUAAGCGGCUGCAAUCAAAUGGACUCUGUGUUAAUGGGCAUAUGAUUCACAUAAAAAUUAGAUGCUUUAUCUGCGAUUCACCUGCACGGGCAUUUAUUAAAGGUGUAGUCAAUUUCAAUGGGAUUAAUGGAUGCCUUAAAUGCACUACUGAAGGCGAAUAUUCUUAUCUUUCUCGAACUGUUGUAUUUCCUGAUAUAAAAUGUCCUCUUAGAACUGAUGCAAAAUUCAGAAGUAAACAUUAUGGUAAGCACCAUAAAGGGCAAGAGUCACCAAUUUUGAAAAUUUCCGAAGUUGACAUGGUGCAGGAUUUUAUAGUAGCAGAUGAACUACAUCUUUUAGAGCUAGGUGUGAUGAAGCGUUGUCUAACAGGAUGGAAAGAUGGUUCUAUGGGUUUCUCAAGUAAGCUAUGUGCUCGUGAUAUUGAGAGGAUCUCCAAACAUUUAAUAUCUGUGAAACUUCCAUCUGAAAUUCAUCGUUCCACAAGAGGAUUAGAUUGCCUGGCAUACUGGAAAGGAGUAGAAUGGCGCAAUUUUCUUAAUUAUAUUGGAAUUGUUAUUUUAAAAGAUGUGUUGAACACUGCCGUUUAUAAACAUUUUUUACUUCUUUUUGUUGCUGUUAGAAUAUGUUCUUCUGACAUAGAAUGUUGUUUGUAA